GCAACGGUGACAUGAGUUUCAAGGAUAAAGUUGUGAUAGUGACGGGCGCUAGUUCCGGUAUAGGAGCAGCGGCUGCGAUCGCGUUCAGCGCCGCCGGAGCGCGCGUCGCCAUGGUCGGCCGCGACAACGCCAAGCUCGAUGCGGUCGCCGCGAAAUGCGCCAACCCUCUGAUAAUCCUCGCCGAUGUUUCCAAAGAUGACGACGCGAAACGUAUCAUCGACGAAACCAUAAAGAAGUUCGGCCAACUGGAUGUACUCGUAAACAAUGCUGGCUUGAUGUCGUUGGCUGGCUCUCUUCUACAAGGUGACAUGAUGAAGUCUUACGACACAAUUAUGAACGUAAACGUUCGCGCAGUCGUUCACUUGACUAACUUGGCUGCGCCGCAUCUGAUAAAGACUAAGGGAAACGUUGUCAAUAUAUCCAGUGUCGCUGGUCAUUUGCCAUCAUAUACGCCGUUAGGGAUAAAUUACUGCGUUUCCAAAGCCGCGUUGAACCAUUUCACUGCAUGUGCUGCUACAGAAUUGGGACCACAUGGUGUCAGAGUGAACGCUAUCUGCCCGGGACCGGUCAGAACUGACUUAUUAACGAACGCUCAACACCCGAAGUCAUGGGAUGAUCUAGCUAAGUUUACACUGCUUAAUAAAGUCAGUGAAGCGAAUGAAAUAGCAGAUUUGAUUUUGUACCUGGCGAGUGAUAAAGCCAAGUCGAUCACUGGAUCCAACCACGUCAUAGACUGCGGUACGAUGCUUAAACGCGCGUAAAUAAAUUGUUAAUACUAAAA